CCCACAGAGUUUUAGUAAGGGGUAACAGUCCCCUUACACAUGUUUUAAUUAGGUGGCAACCCCUGAUCUGGAUUUGCGGUAUGUUUGGUUCAGACCAUCAGUGGGCUAUCGACCACAUCUUUUAUUAUUAAAUUCCAACCAUCUGAUUUUCUAGAGGAUUGUUUCCUUAAAUGAGACAAGGCUGGGGCAAUGCUACAAGACUGCCCCUAGAAAAUAACUUUCUUAAAGCUCUUUUUCCUCAAGAACUGCAUGUGCUAUCUAUCUGCUUUUCCUGGGGGUUGGGAUGGGUACCACCGUGCAUUUAAACAGUUCAAGGAGAAAUGCCUGUACAUGAGUGUUACCUGUAAGCUGAGUAUUUGUGCUGCCUUUGGAGAGAUUUCAGUGCCAUCCAUUUGAUUAGCAGAGCACUCACAGCUAGGUGUAUUGUUUCUAUUGGUGGUGCCCUGUUGCCCCAGCCUGGGCAUCCCCUACCUGCUCCCAUCCCAAUUUCUCUCCCAGCUACCCCCUCCGGAGCUCAAGCGGCAUCCUGAUCCCUCCAGAGUAUGGACAUCUCCUCCCACCCCUGUCAGUGCCUUGUAACUUCCCACCACCCAUCCUUCUUCUCCUGCCUGAGUUUGGGCAUGUUGCCACACCUAGACACAUCAAUUCCCUUCUAUGAAACACGUUGCUCCUUCAAGUGCCUCCUGAACUUAGAGCUUCCUCACUCUCAAAUCCAGUAGGACUCUACUGCUGCUUCUGCGGAAACUUGCUGCAUUGGGAUAGUAAAUAGAAGCAAACCUUCAUGUAGCAGCCACAACUUUUUAAUUCACAUUGCUCCCACCAAUGCAGCUCAGAUUGAAACACCAGUGAGAAAAAGUCUAUGUAUGGCUGGGUCCUCAUCCUUCUCUGGAUGGAGACAGGAAGGACCCUGGCAGGCCCAAUGUUCCCUCAAUUUUUCCCUCCAUGUGCUGAAUAAAGUUUGCGCACUGAGGCAUGGGUGGAUGUGCACCACCAGUGGAGUGACAAAUGGGCGCUCUGCCAAUGAGCUGGGCCGCAUGUAAAUCUCUCCUGGGCGGCUGCCCGAGAGUUCAGCUCACAGGGAACAGGCCAUGCCCCGCUCUGCAGGCCUCCUGCCACGCCAGGGCAUCCCACGCGGGGUGCCACUGACCGCUCUAAGGCACAAACUCCGCCCGCCCGGCCACCGCCUCCUCGGCCGCUCGGCUGGGCCUGGUCUCCCUCCCUCCGCCGCUGGCCGGGGCGGGCUGCGGGGGUGAAAAGGCUCGUGCGGGAAGAAGCGAGGCUGAGCGGUCACGCGUGGGGAGCGCUGGCCCUUUAACGGCCCCGUUCGCGUAGCUGGGGGCGGGGCUGGGGGCAAGUCUCCGGGAGCGGAAGCCGGAAGUCACCGCAGCCCAGCUCGGCGCCCCAAAAAGCGGAGCUCGCCCCCCUUCUGCUGCCCGCGAACAUGGCGGGGGUGAAAGCCCUUGUUGGUUUAUCUUUCAGUGGAGCCAUUGGUUUAACUUUUCUUAUGUUGGGAUGUGCCCUAGAGUAUUAUGGUGUUUACUGGCCUCUGUUUGUCUUGGUAUUUUACAUCAUUUGUCCAAUACCUCACUGCAUUGCAAGAAGAAUAAGUGAUGACACUGACGCAGCUAGCAGUGCCUGCAGGGAAUUGGCAUAUUUCUUCACAACUGGAAUUGUUGUUUCUGCCUUUGGAUUGCCUAUAAUCCUUGCACGUGUUGAAGCGAUCAAGUGGGGAGCCUGUGGUCUUGUGCUAGCUGGCAAUGCAGUCAUUUUUCUUACCAUUUUAGGCUUUUUUCUUGUAUUUGGUAGAGGAGAUGACUUUAGCUGGGAACAGUGGUAGAACUUCACUAUGAUGUUGGUGAUGUGCAACAUACAUGUUUAUAUACUGUAUAUAUGUAUGUACGUUGGAAUGUUUGUGCCUGCACAUGUAGCCUUAUGCUAUCAGACUAUACUAUGCUAUUUUACACUUGUAUGUCAACCAAAUUAAGGGGAAAGAGCCUUCUGACAGGUUUUUUUAAAUAGGUAGAGAAGGAGCUGAAAUCACAAUAGCUAAAUCUGUCCUUAAAUCUUUGUUUACACAGCGUGCACUAUAUUACUGAUUUUUAGUUUUUAAUUUUGAUAACAGUAUCAGUGGUAUGCAUGUUGGAAGUCAGCCAACAUGUCUGACAUUUUUAACAGCAUUAAAUUAACAAUUAAAAGGGGUCUAUAUUCACAUACUUUCCAGUCUCCUGGUUUUGCUAAUUUGAUUAACUCCUGUUUUGUGACUAGGAUAGAACAAAUAUUUGGCUUUGUAUUCAAAUAACUGCUAUUCUCAGUAGCUUGUUUUCUGUUUAAAAAAAAAACCCAUUUCAUACCUAUAAUUGCUGUUGCCAACGUUCUCUUUUCUGAUCUACAAUAAGAGAGAGUGACAAGCAUUGGCAGUUCUAAGGGAUUAUAUACAAAUUUCUCACCUUUGCAUUAAUGGCCCAUAGUGCACCACUAGAACCACAUCAUGUCUUGGAUCCCACUGCUAUAGAUGAAGGUAAAUUCAACCAACCCUUCAAUUCUUAAUCAGCAUUCAACAAAUAAAAAAGGAAACCCGGUCUAGUUGUAACUGUGGAUAUACGUUGAGGGUAAUUUGAGAACAUCAUUUUAAUUUCAUAAAAUGUUAUAAACUGACAUUACUUCGUAUGUAUAAUUUCCACACUAAAGAACUAUUUCAAACUGCCGUAGGAAAGUUUAUAAUAUGAAUGCAUUGAACAAUUCUGUUGUAUUGUGAGUCAAAUUCCUGAAUUAUAAAGAAGUGAAAUGUUCCAGUUAUACAUCUUUUAAUACAGCAGAUACUAUAGGACUGGUAUCACAUCAGUUCAUCAGAUUUUUUUUUAAAAUACUUUUACUGAAACAAUUACUUUCAACUCAUGUAAGAAAAAUGGUAAUAUUCAAACAGUUUAUUUUAAAAUGUUGCUGCUCUAAACCUUCACAUAAUCACACUAUUAUUAUAUUAGCGAAUUUUCCUACUUUGAGAUUGUGAAGGAAACGUUAAUUUGUAAAGAUUUAUUCUGACAUGACCUUAAUUUUUGAGGCAUAUGUAAAUCAUUUUAGUACGCUUGAAAAAGAGCAAAGAACCAGUAACUCUAAUUUAUUGUGUCAUAGAAAAAUGGGUGCAUCAAAUUAUGACAUUUACAGUUAGAAGAAACUGAAUAUUUAGAUUAGGUAGAUAUUUUAACCACCAGUUUUGUGGAAUAGCAAUUUGAGAAGGAACAAAUUUGCAGCUUAUUCGUUCAUAACUGAAUGUGGCUUGCUUGUGAAUAUAUGGAGACUAAAACGCUAUGAAUAUAUAUACAAAGGCCAUGAAGAGUAUGGCCUACAGAACUGACAAAAUGCUAUCUCCCCAAACAAAAAACAUCUGCACAAGCAUUGGUGUCCAAAACAACUUUACACAAUUGACAUCCUGUGGAUUUCCGCACAAAUAAAGGCUUGAAAUUAAUUAUUGAUAUAUUAGUGCUCUGAGAGAGUUUAUCCUUCUUCUCAAUGAAAAAAAAAGGAAACUGAAAAUAUUUUUGAAACACAAAUAAUGCAGUGUACUCACAUUUCACUUUGCUGAUAGGAAUAUAUUGCUUAUUAUAUAGUUCACAUAGAUACAGUUUUAGAUUUAUUUAGACAUAAAACUGUUUUGUUAUCUUCCAAGUUGAGACUGCACUAUAUUGAUGUGAUGAAAGUUUCCACUGGCAUUGAAGAUUUGCUACAUUUUCAAAUUGAAGGAAAUUAAAAAUCAUUAAGUAUGUCUGAAACACAAUUUUUCUUGUAAAACACUUCCUCAGAUGUUAGUUUUCCUAGCUUCUCUACAAUGAACAUUGCUAGUCUUCACUGUAGGAUAUUUAACAGUAGAAUAUGCCAAACAUCAGAAAACGUGUUUUGUUUUCACAAUCAAGGCUGCUAUCCUUGUUUGUCACAACAUGCUGAUUUUAGUGUAGAAUGUUAUAAUUGUAAAAUAUUACUCAGGGAAAUUAUGUGCUCAAAUUACUGGUUCAUCUGUUUUGAGGAAAAUUCAGUUUUGGUUUAUGUGUUUUUCCUGGAUUUUGAAGAAGUUUUUUUUUUAUCACUAAUUGCUGUACUUUUGCUACACUAUUUAGUUGAGUGAAAAUUAAGAAAAGUACAAAUUGUAUUUGAUCCUGCAGAUAACUAAGCUUUUGAGUUGGCCCAUUAAAUAUAGUAGAACUAAUAUGAGUAAAGAAUUGGGCUUUUGGGGCUUAAAUGAAUGUUUUGUAUUUCACUUUUUGGGCUUGAUACACAGAAUUAAAAAGGUUGCACUAAACACAUUUCUAGUUACCACUCCAAUGAGUUUUCUUUAAGGUGGUGGCUUUCUUUUACUCAAAAAGGAAGAAUUGUUUUAUGGACAGUAGCGCCAUGGGAAGAAAGAGACUGUCAGAUGUUAACUGUCAAUAUCCUCUUCUUAAUCAGCAUCAGAAACUAUCUUUUAAAAAGAAUGGGAGGAAUAGAAAACAAGGUCCUAUGGCGGUUGUGUAGUGCUUUGAAGACUAUCUAUACAGCAGUGCUAAUCUCGAAAUAAGCUAUGCAGCUUGAGCUACGCUAAUUGUGUACCUUAAGUCGAAGUAGUUUAUUUCAAAUUUGGGCACGUGUACACAGCACUUAUUUCGAAAUAGAGUACUCUUCCUCCACUUCCCUUGAUCCUCGUACAAUGAGGGUUACAGGAGUCGGAGAAAGAAGUCCUCCAGCUUGAUAUUAUUUCGACAUUGUCAAAAUAACUGCUUGUGUGUAGACGCGGACUAUGUUAUUUCGUAAUGACAUCAGUUAUUCUGAAAUAUUGCUGCUGUGUAGACGAACCUUUUGUGUUGAACCUAGAUACCAUCGGAUUGGGGUACGGAACAGUAAAUAGCUUUGGCUAGAGAGACUAAAAGUUUUUUCUGAAAAAGUCUACAUAUGCUAAUCCUCACUGUCCAUUUCCAUGGACUUAAAUCUCAGAAUUCUCUGAACCUCCUUAAAUGUAAAUUUGCUUGAAUUAAUUUUUAGUUAAAUUAUCAGAGUUGGGAAGAAAGUUUUCAGUUUGUCAAGAACUGUGCCCAUUCACAAGAGUCUGGUGCACUGACAGCCGCUAGUAGGCAUAAGAGCAUCCAUUUAUUGCAGUCUCAUAAUGUUUUUUCUUAAUGCUAAUGAACAUAUAUUCAAAGUGCCUUAGCCUCAAGAUUUAUUGUAGUUUUGAGAAGGCAUAGACAUAAAAACUCUAUUUUGCAACAGGACUGAAACUAUCGUCACAUAAUAUAUAUCUUUAGUGUUGACCAAUAGCUUUUUUGUAUUUUAAAAUACAGUAUAAUUUUUGUAACUUUUGUAAAAUUUCUUUUCCAUAAUUGCCAGAUUAUUGAAAUCAUUAAUACAUUUGUAAAUUAAAGCAUUCUCAACUUUUCAAAUUAAUAAAACUGCCUUACUGUAGCUGACA